CGGUUAUUAAAUUUUUUGCACUUGAGGUGUGUGUGCCGGGUGCGAGAAACUAUAGAAAAAUAUUUGAUUUGGGAAGAUUUCCAGGGGAACUUUAUUUGCUGAAUCAACCAUUCAUUCUUCAGUAAAGUUUUUCGACUAUUUUUGUCGUAAUUCCCAGUUUUCUACAAUUGCAAAAAUGCCCAUCAAAAGUAUUGUUGCCCGUACCAUCUUUGACUCCAGAGGUAACCCAACGGUUGAGGUUGACCUGGUAACUGAUUUGGGUCUAUUCAGGGCUGCAGUACCAUCUGGAGCCAGUACAGGAGUCCAUGAAGCUCUUGAGCUGAGGGACAACGACAAGUCCCGUUACCAUGGCAAGAGUGUUCAGAAGGCUAUCGAUAAUGUCAACAAGAUCAUUGCCCCGGAACUUCUAAAAGCAGGACUUGAAGUUACUCAACAAACUGAGAUUGAUGAGUUUAUGAUCAAGUUGGAUGGAACUGAAAACAAAUCAAAGUUGGGAGCUAAUGCUAUUUUGGGUGUGUCACUAGCCAUUGCUAAAGCUGGUGCUGCUAAGAAGGGUGUACCUCUCUACAAACAUUUGGCAGAUUUGGCGGGAAAUUCAAACAUCAUUCUGCCAGUGCCCGCUUUUAAUGUUAUCAAUGGAGGUUCUCAUGCCGGCAACAAACUUGCUAUGCAGGAAUUCAUGAUUCUUCCAACUGGUGCUGAAAGCUUCACUGAAGCCAUGCGUAUGGGCAGCGAAGUUUAUCAUCAUUUGAAGAAAGUUAUUCACAAUAAAUUUGGUUUGGAUGCCACCGCUGUAGGAGACGAAGGUGGUUUUGCUCCUAACAUCCUUAACAACAAGGACGCUUUGGACUUAAUUAAUGAGGCCAUUUCAAAGGCCGGCUACACGGGAAAAAUUGAAAUUGGUAUGGAUGUUGCAGCUUCCGAAUUUUACAAAGAUGGUCAGUACGAUUUAGACUUCAAAAACCCCAACUCCGACAAGAGCAAAUGGAUUUCUGGGGAAAAAUUGCAAGCUUUGUACCAAGAAUUCAUCAAAGAUUUCCCCAUUGUGUCCAUUGAGGAUCCCUUUGACCAAGAUGACUGGAACGCCUGGUCUUCGAUUACUGGCGCAACCUCUAUCCAGAUUGUUGGUGAUGAUUUGACCGUGACCAACCCAAAACGUAUUCAAAUGGCCGUGGAUAAGAAGGCUUGCAACUGCCUUUUGCUGAAGGUUAACCAAAUUGGUAGCGUUACCGAAUCCAUCAGAGCUCACCUUUUGGCUAAACAGAACGGUUGGGGAACGAUGGUAUCGCACAGAUCCGGCGAAACUGAAGAUACCUUUAUUGCCGACCUGGUAGUUGGUCUAUCCACUGGUCAAAUCAAAACUGGCGCACCCUGCAGAUCUGAACGUCUUGCAAAAUACAACCAAAUCCUUCGCAUCGAGGAAGAACUGGGAUCGGCCGCCAAAUACGCUGGAAAAUCUUUCAGGAAACCACAAUAAAACCAAAGUGCGAGUCAUUUCUAUAUUUGAGAACGUGGUCAUGUGUGUUAAAAACCACUUUAAAUCCAAUAUGUUAGUGUUUACGAGAAUUACGCUCUGGCAAAACAUUUUAAAUGUUUUGAAGCAGAUUUUAAAUGGAUACCACCGGCAACUGAUUUUAUUGGCCGGUUGGAUUUUUAGUGUUUCAUUGCAAUUUAUGUGAAUGUGACUAAAUGUAGCUGUAAAAAUUGUUUAAGACCAAACAAUUAUUAUUUAUUCCAUACUUUAAAUUUAUUAUAUAUUUAUUAAAAUUCGAUGCGAGCAUUAUAUUAUUAUAAAAUAAAGUGGUUGCUCCUA